GCUGGCGUCAAGUGGUUUGGAAUGCUUGUGGAGCUGGUUCCAUUGCUCUUCCAGUAUGCCAACCUGACCGUGACUCCCCGUUAUUACGAGUCGCCGCUGCCUAUUGCUGGGGACCUUCUACCAAACGGCACUUGGAAUGGAGUAACUGGGGAGCUGCUUGCUGGGCGGGCGGACAUUGCAGUGUUUCCAAUAGCCAGGGGCGUUGGUCCCUCCUCAGUCAUUGACCUCACUUAUACUUACGAUGAACUCGGACUACAAAUGCUCGUCAAGCAAGAGCUCACAAGUGCUGCCAGCUCGAGCCUCUUCCUGGCCCCUUUUACGACCAGCCUUUGGUUGGUCCUUGUGGCCACCGUCGUUGGAAUGCCUGUUCUCAUCCAGAUUUUUGCAAAGCUGUCUCCACUAGGAGCCUUUGAGCUCAUCAAGCUACGGAACCUGACUGCUAAAAGCCGUACGCAAGAAUUCAAAGUGGUGUGCGAGAAUGACUCCUAUUUUAUGGAUAUCCUCCAGGCUGCCACGUCUUCCAAUGUCGAAGGCCCCACGGCCAAAAGCUGGGCAGUCAGACUGCCCAUUCUGUACUUCUACUUUUUCAUGGUCGUCGUGGGUGCAGCUUACACCGCGAGCUUCGCGUCGUUUCUCACGGUCAACAACUUCUCAUCAAAAGUCAACAGCCUGGAACAGCUGGCCAGAGAUCCCACUCUCAAGUAUGUCAUCGAGGACAAUGGUGCCACCCUCGCUUACUUCCAAGACAGCAUCGACCCCAUCAUCCAACAGCUUCGACCACGCCUUCAGACUGUCCGAAGCAUCAGGGACGGCGUCGCAGCUGUCCAAUCGGGCGAGGCCUCUGCAUACAUCGCAGAGAGUCACGUUUUGCAGCACAUUGCCGGACAGCUGCCGUGCAACUUGCAAGUGGUGGGGGCCUUAUUUGGUCCCAACGGCUUAGCCCUAGGCGUUCGCCGCGGCUGGCCCUAUACACAGGCGCUCAAUGUUGCCAUGCUUCAACUCAUGCAAAACGGUGUUGGGGAUGAGCUUCGAAGGAAGUGGGUCGGAAACCAAGACAUCUGCACAUCUAGCAGCCAGGUAUCUAACCGAGCCCUCCAGUCAACAGACUUUUCUGGCCUCUGGUACACUCUUUUUUGUGCUAUUGCUAUUGGGGUCGUGAUCAUAAUCUGGGAGAACCUGAUGGUCAACGUCCUCCAAAGCUUUCCGGCUCUCCGGUCGUCCUUCCUAUCGGGCACAAACUCUUUGAAGUACCACGAGAGCGUAGGCGACUUGUUUUCCGCGGGUGAUGAAGAUCGUGCUGACUUUACAAAUAACCCUGCUUAUGAAGUCCCAGCAGGCAGCGCUAGUGACAGGAUCGCUAAGCUGUCCUCACCGACCACCUCGCAUGAAGCAGGAACCCUCAAAGACGAAAGUGUGGAUCGGAUCUUAGACCAGGGCGAGUAUGAGUCUGCCGAUGCUUGUAUGACGGAUCUAGCUGCAAUGCUUUGAUAGGUAGUUGUUGACUAGUUGGUGCACAAU